AUGCUCCCCGCCGACACUCCCGUCGUCCCGUUCGAAGCGUGGCACGGCUUUCCGCAGGGCAGCGGCACCUGCCAAGUGACCGCGUUCUCCCCUUCGACGCUUGAGAUGCCCGAGAGCUGGACCAUCCACCCCGCCCGCUCCGUCUCGCACCGUCACCCUGUCCUCGUCUUCCUCAUCAAGCACCAGCCGACGGGCAAGCUCGUCCUCUUCGACCUUGGUCUUACAAAGGACUGGACAAACUACAUCCCGCACGACCAGGUCUCCCAGUACGAGAUGUUCGCGGUCGAGGUGCAGGAAGACCUGGCCGACGUGUUGGCGAAGAAGGGCGUCAAGACGGAGGAUAUCGACGUCGUCAUCAUUUCUCACCACCACUUCGACCACAGCACCAAACCCGAAAUCUUCACCAAAGCCGAGAUCAUCGUUGGACCCGGCGUGAAAGAGCGCACUGUGGCUCUCCAGGGCCACAAGAACGUCCGCGAGCUCUCGUGGCAUCAUUCGCCUACGCACCUCGCAACGUUCGAGCAUAGCUACGACGUUUUCGGCGACGGCGCGAUCGUCGUUGUCCCGACGGAGGGGCACACCGAAGGUCACAUCUCUGCUGUCGUGCGCACGGCGACCGAGCCCUCCGUCGGGCAGGGAGAAGGCGAAUACGUUGUGCUCGCCGCCGAUUGCUGCCACCACGGCAUCCUCCUCGCGCCGAAACCGAACGAAGCGCACUACCGUCUCGGCAGGUGGCGCAACCCCGGCGAACCCAUCGACGUCCCGCCUCAGCACUCGAACUACGACGACUACCUCAAGGCCGAGCAGACGCUCGAGCGCAUCAAGGCUAUCAACAGGAAGGACGAGGUGAUGGUUGUCUUGGCGCACAACUUUACGCAGUGGGAGAAAUGGGGCGGGAAGGAGAAGGCCAUUGAGGGAAUCGAGCUGAACAACUGGAGGAAGAGGGGUUUGAAGCAUUACUGA